AUCAUCUCGCAACACCAUCCCCCGAGCUUUAGGAACAGCAACGUUAUCUCUAUACUGUGGCAAUUUGCAACGGACUGAGCUUUUACGCCAGGAGCUGUGCGUUAUUCAACAGACGUCACAGCUGGCGCCAAUCGUUUUUAGCGCUGUGCAAGACGUCGCCGCAAAACCCGCCCACAUUCCUCUCGAAGACAUCGACGACAACGAUCCCAGAAGAGACGAGUCAAGGUUCAAACACCUUGCCCAUUCCUAUCGGGUGAUGCAUAUCCGUCAAUUGUUUCUUGCGCCCACUUCCACAUUUGUGUCUGGACGAAUACGCAGUCUGUCGUCGCCGCCACCGCCCGUGCUGGCUUCAAGAGUCUAGCAUUCGAGAAAAAGCCUCAUAUGUUUCGAAAGAUCAGCAGAUUAAGAAGUAUUGAAAUUGUACUACUGCGACGACGAAGGCACCGAGUCAGACUCUGCGAGUUGAAACUAACCAGUUGUCACAAUGUCUACCCCAGCCCCGCCUCGUUCCACGUCCUCUUCAAAUGCGAACGCGGAGAAUCAGCAUCCAAGACCAACGGCUCUGCAGAUUCCUGAAAUCAAUGCAAACAAUUCGAAUUCCACAUUGCGACCCGACGCUGUUACCCCACAAGCGAUACCUAAGAAGAAGAGAAAUCAUCGCGGUGGGAGGAAGAAGCGGACGAGGAAGCAAUCUUUUGCUGCCUCGACGGAAGAUGGUUCCGGUAUGCCAGAAACUUUACAGCCACACCGGCGAGGCCCUUCGGAGAGUGCUGUGCGGAACAGUUUCUACCGACUGCAAGGCAGGAAUCCAAGCAACACGAGUAUCGAGAGUGAGGCACUGUUGGACCAUAGGGACCAACAAAGUAUGCGCCCAAGAAGAUCCUCAACAAUAGCUCAAAGUCCCUUUGGUGGCGGGAUAUACGACACCCCCACCUCAUAUCGACCCCAGUACCAUAAUCCAUUCACAUCUUCCAAUGAUUCUACUCGCCGACCGAGAACUGCAAAGAACGAAAGUGAUGAGGAGGAUGAUACGGUACAAGAUGAAAGAGCCCCCCUCAUAUCCUCAUCUUCUCGAUCGAAACUCUCUGGGCCGGGCGUUGGAUAUGGAGCGUACGGUGGGGAGAGCAAACUUAGCAGACAUAAUUCACAGCGACGGUCUUCCAGCAAAUCCUCUUCGAGAAGUAGGAAGAGGACCAUAUUCGACAAGCAGAGUGCACCAUUUCCGCAGCAGAGCGAAGAGUAUAAUGUUAAUUAUCCACCAUCGAUACCUGGCAGCCCUCGGCUCAGUGCUACAAAUCGAGAGAUGAGCUUUGGGGAUAUGAUGGUCAGAGAUGACUUUGCGCCAUCACGAGCAUCACCUGGAAGGGAUCUUGACGAUGUCAGUGAACAUGCAGUAGAAGACUCGCCUCGGAGAGAAUCAGGUUUCGAACGGAGACAUACGAUUGCGUUGCAAGCAGAGGAAGACGUCUGCUUCCCAGUGGAUAUGUCAGAAAUCGCGGACGAGGAUAUGCCUCAGCGGGAAGGAGCAGCUUUUCGACGUGAAGGGGGCCCAAGACGAAGGCGAGGGAAGUGGCCGGAUUUAUCAAUUCUUGACGAAUGGAGCAGGUUUGAAAAGGAGGGCCGGAGUGAGGAGAGGCGAGCAAAAAAAAUCACCGAGCCACAAUUGAUCGGUGGACGAUUGCGACCAAUCCACAAAGGCUGGCAUCGGGCUGAAGAUGACGCGCCCUAUCGAUUCACCUAUUUCAACGAAGAGUUCCAAAGUACUAUCCAUAGCCAGACGAUUUCCGAACUGGUCCAGGCAGGUGGCAAUUUCCGAGAACUUUUCAUCCCGGACCCACCAGAGCUGAGCGAUAGCUCAGAAUCGGACGAUGAAGAGGAAGUUGGCCCUGGGGACGCGAGCUAUAUACAUCAUGUAGGUGGGACGAAUGGAGAUUCAAAGCCUCCAACACGUCACGGUUCUUUGAUUGGUCAACCUCGACCAGAGUCCCGACCAGGGACCUCUGUAGCAGGAUCUGAAGUGAAAGUUCCAUCAAAUGAAACUUCGGGUGAGGAGGCUACCCCCAACAACGGAAUCAAGUCUCCUACCACGUUGAAAUCGCCAAACAUUGCGUCACAAUUGGCGGCGAAGCCGAAAAGGUACGGAGAGCGUCCAACUUGGUGGUUGGAUGUUUUAUCUCCAACUGAUGCUGAGAUGAAAGUUCUCUCCAAGACUUUCGGAAUUCAUCCUUUGACUGCAGAAGAUAUCAUGCUGCAAGAAGCUCGAGAGAAGGUCGAGCUGUUCCGAAACUAUUAUUUCGUCAACUACCGUACUUUUGAGCAGGAUAUGAAUAACGAGGACUUCCUGGAGCCGGUCAAUAUGUAUGUGGUGGUUUUCAGGGAAGGGGUUCUCAGCUUCCACUUUUCGAUGACACCACAUCCUGCCAAUGUUCGAAGACGAAUUCGGCAAUUGAAGGACUACCUAAUCUUGUCAUCUGACUGGAUAUCUUACGCCAUUAUCGACGAUAUAACAGAUGUCUUUGCACCCCUUAUUCAAAGCAUCGAAGACGAAGUCGACGAUAUCGAUGAUGCUAUCUUGAAGCUACACGCUCCACCCACCGCGGACGAUAAAUCUAACAAGGAUAACGAAAAACGCUCUGAGUUCGGAGAUGGAACGUCAGGUGAGAGUGGCGGCGAUAUGUUGCGUCGAGUCGGCGAUUGCAGAAAGAAAGUUAUGGGAUUGUAUCGUCUACUCGGCAAUAAAGCAGAUGUAAUCAAAGGCUUUGCAAAGCGGUGUAACGAGCGAUGGGAAGUUGCGCCAAGGAGCGAGAUUGGGUUGUAUUUGGGCGAUAUCCAAGACCACAUCGUAACGAUGACGGGGAACUUGUCCCAUUACGAGAAGAUCCUCGCCCGCUCCCAUGGCAACUACUUAGCACAAAUCAACAUCCGCAUGAACGAGCGACAAGAGCAGACCGCGGACGUACUCGGCAAACUAACCGUCCUCGGUACCAUCGUGCUUCCUAUGAAUAUCAUCACGGGACUGUGGGGAAUGAAUGUUUGGGUCCCGGGACAGGAGUAUGAGGGGGAUUUGACGUGGUUUUGGUGCUUGGCUGCGGGAUUGCUCGCGUUCGGGUUUAGUUGCUUUUAUAUUGCGAAGAAGGUUUAUGGUAUUGUUUGAAGGAGGUGAAAGAGGGCUGUACAUAUGGUUGGGAUGGGAGAUGGGAGCAGGGGUUGUAUAUACAGAUUGUUACGAUGCAUGGAUGGAAGACUGUAGAUUGGAUACACGGGACAUAAGAUAGCCCCGGUUUGAAUAUGAGGGCAGUACAUAAAAAUUUAGUAAUGAUGAGAAUGUUGGAUACGGUACUAAUUUUAUAUGCACGGGUACAGGCAGCGAGAUGGAGAGGAGCAACAAAAUUAUAUUCACUUGCAUCUAGUAAGAUAAACAAGAAAUGGAUGCGAAGUCCCGCAAUUGCUCG